AUGCCACACUGCUAUUUACAACUGGUCUCUUCUCUGACCUUUCUGUCGCUUUCCUUCCUCUUCCCGUUCGCUCACUCGGGCCCAACAGCUACAGAGCAGGUCUUUCACGCUAUCAAGAGAGACAACAACCCUCUCGGCAUUGACUGGAGUCCCGCACCAGCUCCCGAGGACGGUCCAGCGUUUUCAGCCAGAGCUUUGAGAGACACAAAGUAUCUCCCCGCGCAGAUUGGCGGUAUUGUCGCAGCAUACGGCGUAUCGUUGGUGCUGGUCGCCAUAACCCUGCUUUCACUCGCAAAGAAGAGACGGCAGCAUAUCCAGGCCGGCAACGACGAGGCUGACUUUGAUGGUUCCAAGGCAGUAUACGACUCUGACUCACCAUCGGCCUCUUUCCCUCUAAACCAGUUCAAUCCACAGUCACAUCUUCGAAGCUCGGUGGUUCCUAAUUUCUCGUAUCCAUCACCCAUAAACACUCAGUUUAACGAUAAUACUCUUCCCCCUCUCAAGCCGUAUAUUUACCCUUCACCAAUAUCCUCUGUUGGCCACCCAGGGGUAAACCCUUCAGUUGAUCAAUCCGUCGUUGCUCAGGACAGGAAAAUGGCGCAAAAUCAACUGGAAGAGAUGUACAAGCACGUUAUGGAGCAUGAAGAUGCUAAACAGCGCGGAAUUGUGUUGGACACCCCCAUUUACCCGAACCAGCAGCGAACAUCUACUUCUGACAAGUCUGCCACGACGCUGUCAGGAAGAGACAGAGCCAAGCCGGCAAGCUUGAACCUGAGUGCAGAGCAUGAGGGCAAGACGCAGUCCAGGACUUCCUCCUUCUUCUCAUCGCUGCGCUCUCCACGGAAGAAGCCUAUCAAGGGCGUGCACAUCUCGCCGCCAAUAAUGACUCCCCAGUCAGCAACAUUCCCAAGGUACGAAUCGCGGGAGAUGAAUACAAUUCCUCACAGAAACUAUGCGCCUCCGCCGCCUCCUCCAAUUCCAACGGAUCAGACUGCCUUUGGAGCCCAGGUCCGGAGUAGCGGCGCUCCUCCUACACCAAGCAUGUCUCCCGGGAGCGUUCAAAGCAUCGACGAGCGUAUUAAUUCACAACUCGGCCCGUCAAACUAUCCAAACACUGCAAGAUCCGAGGUCGAGCCUGAGUCGGCUACAUCGCAAACGCCUCUGGUUGGGCUACCCUCGUCCCCGAAAGCGGGCGCCACGUUCCCUUCUCUGCCCUCAUCUCCCAAGCCUGGGGUUAGAUUCCAAAGAGCCAACGCGCCCUCGGCAGUGCGUACUGGUGGUAACUUGCCAUUGAGAGCUUACGAGGGCGCUCUUGCCUCGCCGUCUGCUACGCCUCGGACGACGAAGCAGACAGUCUUUGAGAGACGAGGUCCACUGUCACCAACUACAGGGAAAACUCCAAUGACUGCUGGUGCAGUACCUUAUUCGCCCUACCAACCAUUUACGCCACUUGUCCCCAUUACCCCUUCUCUAGUGACCAAGGAGGACCGAAAGAGAAUGAGGAGAAUGGUUCCCAAGACACCCACUACGGAACUGGUCAAGAGUUCUGAGGAUAUGUGGUAA